CUGCUGGGCGACUCGGGAUACCCGUUGCUUCCCUGGCUGAUGACCCCUGUCAUCAACCAUGACACUCAAGAACAUAGAGCAUACAACAGUGCACAUGUGAGAACCAGAGUGAAAAUAGAGAUGGUGAAUGGUCAGCUGAAGAACAAGUUUCAGUGCCUCAUUGGCCGAGGACUAAACCUGAUCCCAUCAAGAGCUUGUGACGUGAUAGUUGCAUGCUGUGUCCUGUUCAAUCUGCAUAAGCUCUACAACGAGCCAGAGGAUGAAGACAAUGCUGCCCAAUAA